UGCCAUUAACUGCGGGCGCUGCGUUUUGACAAGAUGCUGGUUUUCUUCUGUCGUUGCCGCUAGACCCGUUAGAUUUGCGGCGUUCGAGAGUAAAAAUUGUGCUGGAUUGUGAGCAUUUAUUCGGGUUCAAUUUGCACAAAGUCGCACUAAGAAGUGGAAAAGUGACAAAGUGUGUGGCUCAAGUCUGUGGAAAGCGCUAGCGGAAACGCCUCGUAGUGCAAUUUGCGGAGAAAAGUGAAAAUUACCGAGCCAUAAGUGUGCAUUGUGGGUUGAAAAUUUUUAGCGAAUGAGAAGAAAAGAUGGCCGAUGGCGUGGAUAUUGAUUUGUAUGCUGACGAUCUGGAGCAGGAUUUUAAUCAAAACAAUGACGAUUUUGGAGGCGAAGGAGCUGAUUUAUACGAUGAUGUGAUCACACCGUCUGGGGAUCACGGUAGGAAUAAUUCCGGGAGUGGACCAUCGAUAGAUAGAAUCGAAGGGGUAGACAGUAAUGGUGGCUAUCACCAUCAUGGUGCGGGAUCGAUGAAUCAUAUUGCCCGACGACAUCAGCUGUAUAUUGGAAAUUUGUCCUGGUGGACGACCGAUCAGGAUAUUGCGGACUCGGUGGCGGAGGUGGGCGUAAAUGAUUUCCAGGAAGUUAAAUUCUUCGAAAAUCGUGCCAAUGGACAAUCGAAAGGAUUUUGUGUGGUUUCGCUGGGAUCGGAGAACAGUAUGCGAUUUGUUAUGGAGAGACUGCCCAAGAAAGAGUUACAUGGGCAGAACCCUGUUGUGACAUUGCCAACAAAGCAAGCAUUGAAUCAGUUCGAAAGUCAGCAGAAAACCAGACCUACGCCACCUGCGCAAGGUCAGUCUAAUGGACCGAGGCCUCCGGCACCGAACAUGGGAAUGGGAUGUCCUCCUGGGGGACCGCACGGUGGUCCCGGUGGCCCUGGUGGCCCUAACGGUCCGAAUGGACCUCCACGAAUGGGAAUGGGUCCAAACAUGCCACCAGGAAUGAGACCACCGCAUAACCAUCCAAUGCCGGGACCGAUGCAUAUGCAAGGGCCGGGCCCAGGCGGUCCAGGACCAAGGCCACAGGGUCCUCCCAUGCACCAAGGAAAUGGACCCCCACAACAGGGUCCGCCACGAUUCCAAAAUCAGGGCCAAUGGAAUGGUCCACCGAGAAUGAACGGUCCGAGACCGGGUGGGCCAGGUCCGAUGCCACAUAGACCGCAAAUGGUAAAUAAACCGCCUUACCCAUCACAGAGAUCACAGAGAUACAUGGAUUACCAAGGACCACCAUCACGCGGACCGCGUCCCGAUUGGAACGGGCCACCUAUGCACGGAGGACCUGGCUAUCCACCAGGACCACCUGGGCCCCGUCAAGGACCGCCACAUAUGCAAGGUCCCUCACGUGGACCCCCCAUGGGCGGCCCUGGUCCACAAGGUCCUGCGCCACAUGUUAAUCCGGUAUUUUUCAAUCAAGGAGGAGGUCCACCCAACCACCCCAAUGGAGGGCCUGCUCCGCAUGGUCCCCCAUCUGGUCAGGGACCCCCGUCGCACUUCAAUCCCCAAGGAGGUGCAGCUCCUCGUGGUCCAUGGCCAGGUCCCGGUGGGAAGCCUCCGGGAGGUCCAUUCCCCGAGCAUGGUAUUGCACCGCAGCUAAGCGAAGCCGAAUUUGAAGAGAUUAUGACCAGAAAUCGUACUGUGAGCAGUUCAGCUAUAGCAAGGGCUGUGUCAGACGCUGCUGCCGGUGAAUAUUCGAGCGCUAUCGAAACAUUAGCAACCGCAAUCUCCCUUAUUAAACAAUCCAAGGUUGCCCACGAUGAACGCUGCAAAAUUUUGAUCAGUUCGCUACAAGACACACUUCAUGGCAUUGAAACGAAAAGUUACAGUAGAAGGGAGCGAUCAAGAUCACGCGAACGCUCGUCGCAUCCCCGGUCCAGAUCACGCCGGGAACGGUCCAGCUCACGUGGCUAUCGCGAACGGUCCCGUGAGAGGGAUCGUGGUGAUCGUGAACGUGACAGGGAUCGCGAGAGGGAUGGCUCCAGACGUUCUCGACCGCGCAACAAGACACCGGAAACAACCACUGAUAAUUCAACCGACAACUCCAAACGUUAUUACAACGAUGAUCGUUACAGAUCAUCGGAUCGGGAGCGCGAACGCGAGCGUGAUCGUGACCGUGAGCGACGCGAAGAGCAUCGCUCGCGUCAUUAAGAAGAAACCACAUACAUAGAUGCAGAAUUUUACAGACCUCCGGGGACACCCAACGGCGGACAAACAAACAAUAUGACAGACGACUUUUUCAUGUCCAUUGCAAUUUGGAUUCCUUCUAAUAAUUUGCUCGUUCCAAAUACAAAGAAUACGCGCGACUUCAGGCGUAUUCGAACAUUUUCAUCCGCUGCAUAGUUUGGAUUCAAUAACGAUGCAAACUGUUCUCUAAAGUGUUCUUAUUUUUUUCAAUUAUAAUUUUUACUUCUGGAUUCGCCACAGAAGAUCGAUUAAGUAGAAAAUAGAGAAUACGGUUCGAUAUUGUGUAAACUUUGGCAACCAAUAUUUUAGAUUUUUAUUUGUGCAUGGACACAGUUGCUGAGGUUAGUAAAGUAAUGUACACAUCUGCGUUACUCUGCAGAACUUGGCAAAUAUAUAGUCGACCACACAUUUUACACACAUACCUUCGUAAAUAAUUGUAUAACAUAAAAUGGUGAAACAGCAGUAGGAGCAGGGAGACAUCGUGAAAGCUAUCAGCAAAAAUUAAACAUUACGCAGCUCGGUUCCUUUCGUAAUGACAGUCAACAGCAGCAGCAAAAGAAGAAGCAACAUACUCUGGAUGAAGGGAACCGCAUUUCAACGUUUUGCACCCGAUUGUUCCAGUGUUGAAUUUUGCUGUCGGAUGGAUGAUAACUGAAGAAGAUUGUAUCAAAUUUAUUGAUUAAACUAAUUACAAUGAUAACAAAAAAAAGAACAAAUUUUGUACCGUGUAUUUUUUAUAUACGUAGUCUAAGUCAAUAGUUUUUAGUUUGAAUUUUUUAGUUUUGUCUAAUUGAUAGUUGUUCUUUACUGUAUCAGUGCAUUCCGUACCACUUACUUCUCUAUUACUUUAUUCUAUUGUUUCACUUUGGUUUAGACUGAGCAUUCUAAUUGUAUUUUUGGGCGUGCUACUAUUAGGCUUAACUUUAUACACAUUGACCGGAGUGCCCUCAUAAUACUUUGUAUAUAGUAACGAAAAGACUGAACGAUUGCAUAUCUUUAUAUCACAAAAAUUAUACAAUUUUUAAAAGAUUGUUCAUAUACUCAAUACUGUCCCUCCCAUGUCUGGACAGUGUAAGGAAACAUGGAUAUUAUACAUACUGUGAUAGUCAUUGUGUUGUAUUAUAUAGAACCAGGACUGAUAAGCAUUUUUGUGCGGUACUUUUGUACAAUCAGACGAAACAUAUUUAUUGUUACUUUUAGUCGACUUAACUUUUAAUAAGUUAUUUUGUGGUAGCCACGUAAAGUUCCCUUGCAAUAUCAUAAGAUGUAUUGUUCCCCGAACCGAUAGCUCAAACUUGCGCUAUGGUCAAAAUGAAAACCCGAGACAAUUGUAAAAUAGCGCGCAGGAGAACGUUUCACUUUUUCACUAUCCAGAAGUUAUUCUUCCUUAAUCAAACCUCUGUAAAAUGUCAUGUGAUCUAUAGCUCCAUAAUUCAGAGUUCUUUUCGAAGAUAUUUCCCUCGCCGAUGGUACAUAUGUGCAAAGAAGUCAGAGGAAGGUCUUCCUCGUGAGCUGCUCCCAUGCAUUGAGUGAACUGAACAAGAUAUUAAUUUACGAAAAAGUAAUCAUUGUCAUUUCCCGAAUAAAAAAAUAGGUAAAUUGUCACUGAAAACUGAAUCAUUCUGAAACAAUGAACGAAAAGGCGAUCGAAAGUCGCAUGUCACGCGGAUGUAGCCCAGGGAAAGGCAUAUAAGUUUGGUUCGUGAAAAUAUGUAAGAAGCAGAUACCACUGGAAGUGUACUAUCAAUAGAGGGAGGUAAGGGUAUUUGAUUCGUGAGCCCUUCCAAAAUAUGAGCGCACUGAGCAUAAUGUGGGCAGCAAAAAAGUACACUUCGACUUAGCUAUUUCCGAAUCCAAAGUUGUCCUCCUUCCCUAUGCGCAUUACUCAGGGCUAAUGAUUAUACAUAAUCAUAAGCAUAAUUCCCAUUAGAUUUCGUUUAUACCGUGAUGCUACCUUAUAUCAACCAGUGCACAAUUCCGUAAAAUAAUUCAAACUAACUUUACAUGUAAGAUCUUUGCGAAUUAUUGUACUUUUUUUGUCAGUGUGUGAUGUCAACACCAAACCACUACUUGGGCGCUUACAGCGUGCAUAUGUAUUAGUAAUCUGUUGGGCAGGCAAAAGUGAGUACUGCAUAGGAUUUAUAUCGAUCGACAAAAUUGAGCUUUGUUUAAAUUAUUUUUUUUAGCGAAACAGUUACAAAAUUACGCGCUACUCUAUAUUAAUAACAUGCGAUCAUAUGUGUCUUUACAAAGAAAUAUUUACUUUUAGCGUCAAAGCCAUAUACACGGAGAAAUUUUGAAAUUUCUGUUAUGGCUAUGAUCCAUAUCAAUGCAAGCAGAUUGAUUAUUCAAAAAGUUGCACAGGAACAGUGCAACAUAGCGAUUGUAUAAAACUCUUGUUCAUGAAAUAGCUUGCCUAACUGUUUCACAAAGUUCAUGUUAGUUCUAUGAAAUAUUUCACGCUAGUAGAAAGACCGCAACUAUAUUUAAAUCAUCUACAAGAACGCCGGUUGAUAAUGAAUUCGCUUCUGCUGCAUAUAAACUACGAAUGUAAACAAGCGAUGUGUGCUCAACACAUGCUCUGUAAGUAUGUGUAGCAAGACCCCUAUUAGUUUUUGUUUCUUGUUGAUAUUUGGAAAAGUUUUUAUCAAAAUGGAAAGUAAGAGGAAAUAAAUGGAUAUUGUCCCACGUAAAACGAUAAUAAGUAAGAAUUGUCGAGGAAAGACAUUGCGGGAAAAAACAGCUUCAGUCGGAAGAAUCCACUCUACAGUAUAGACAAUCAAAAACAAGUGGAAAUACGAAGGAACCAUGGAAAAUCUCCAGGGUAGAGGACACAAACGGAUCCUGUCUACUAAUAAUGAACGGGUUAUUAUGCGAACAUUGUAAAAUAAUCCUAAAACAAACAUUCCUAAAUUGACCAUCGAAGUAUCCGACACCAUUGGAAGACCUGUCAGUGCAGACACCGCCCGUAAAAUAGGGAUACUAUCUGGUCGGAGUUAAAAAUCAGGACACCUGCUACAGUUACGAUUCUGGUCAAACCAUUAUGAUUUUUUGAGAUAAAAAAAAUUACGUCAACGAUCCAUGCGGUUCAAAUAGUCCGGAGAUUAUGACUACUGACUUUUCACGAGUACAGGAGAUUUUUUGCGAUUUCAGAAUCAUCAAACAUGCGCAAUAGUGCCGCAAUACAAAUCAUGGCUAUGAAUCGCAAGAGCUACUUUUGCAGCCCAAAUUUUCUUAGCGGCUGGAUUUGAUUCCUGCACCACAUAGUUCAGCAUGGAUUUCGAAGUAGAUUUCAAUCGAAUAGUCUCACAAUGUUUUGAUGUUUGGAUAUGCUUUUCCUAAUCAGAUCGACAUAUAAUGGCUCAUUGUUGAUUUCAAACUUCUGUUUGAACAAAAUUGUUGAACGUUAAUACCGCUUUUUGCCACCGACACGUAUGAAUCACAGUUGCAGCGUUGGCCUCGAGAUCCUUAAGUCGUUCUAUGAAACAAGGGCACUUUCUGCGCAACUCAUCUGUAGAAUCACACUUUCGUUUAGACAUCAUCAUCAUAUUUAUGUAAUCAGCUUGGAAUAUCGAGACAAUACAUACAAAAAACAAUACCGUGGCAGGUGAAACGAAAACUCUGAAUGAAAAAAGUUGAAAGAUCUCGCGGAAGAUGAAAUUGCUACUCUUUAUACGCUCACAAAAUCUUAAUCUUCAAUAAAAAAGGUUUUACUAAAAUACAAAAUACACUGAUAGAGAUUAUGAUUCUGUUAUAAAAUUGAAUUCCUCAUAAAAAUCAGGACAAACGCCAGAAUGUGAAAAAAGCAGGACGCCCAAAAGUAUCUCAAAAUCAUUACAUGUUCUGCUGUAUCAAGACAGAUGGUAUCCCUACUGUAAAAAGUCUUUCAUCUCAAAGGUGAUUAUGAAAAAACGACUACAGGGCCUGAUCACGAAUGCCACUCCGAAAUUAAUUGUAUGCAAGGUUUUAGGCCUGAUUCUCGAAUACACUUUACGGUGGAAACGAAAUAAACGGUACGCCAUUGAAAUACGUUUUACGAGUUAGUGAAGUGUCGAAGAUAAUAUUGAGUUUUCAGGCAGAAUGAGCACUUUUCAAAUAAAAAAUCAUUUAUGAAAAUUAACUUCUUGUGUAUUCGUGAAGUGUAUUCGAGAAUCAGGCCCUUCGUUUUCACCGUGAAGUGGCGUUCGUAAUCAGGCCCACAGUUUGCUAAGGCAUAUGUAAACAGACCUAAGGAGUUCUGGAACAAGACCCUUUAUUCGGAUGAGACGAAAACCCAACUCUUUGAAUCGGAUAAAAAACAGAUGGUGUGGAAGAAACCAGAUUGGUGCUCCAGAUUCAGCAUUUGGUUCCCACAGUAAAACACGGUGGCGGCAGUCAGCUGAUGAAUGAUACAAUAACGGCUUCUGGAACUGGAAUCAUGGAGUUUAUCGAUUCGGCGAUAGACAAGAUCGCUUAAUUGGUCAUCCUGAAAUGUAAGAAAUUGGGUCUCCCUUGUGAAUACUACAUUCAACAGAAUAAUGACCCGAAACACACUGAUAUUAUCGUACGGGAGUGCCUGCUUCAUAACUCAAUCAACUCAAAACGCCUCGGCAAUCACCGGACUUGAACACUAUUGAGCAUCUAUGGUAAGAAAUCAAGAACCAUCUGACGAGUAAAAAUCCAGGGAACAAAGAGGAACUCAAAACGGCGAUUAAGAUCUGGGAGAGCAUUUCGUAUACAGUGACCGGAAAUCUCGCCGAACUGAUACAACGGCGCUUGCGGCCAAUGCUGUCCGCCGAAAAGGACCAUACCAAAUACUAGGGGAUUGAUUCUUGUUAUCUAUUAACAUUUCUGAACUGAUUUCGAUUUUUUUUUAAAGAAAACUGCACACUUAAUCAUUUAAUUAUUUUGGUGAUCACCAUUCGAACUUACAAUGAAAAGAUGUGAAAAAAUUAUAAAAAAUCCGAGCAGUGUACCUGUCUCGUUCAGUUUUUAUUAUUUUCUGGCAAUUUUCAACCUUUACACUUUGUAAAUUGAUAACUGUGACAAUGUUGUUGGUCACCUUUCUUUAGAAAACAACAAACAGGGCGUCGAUCGAUAUCGGCUGAAAUUUAUUUAGUAAGUUAGGUGUAACUUAUAGUACUUGGUCGCCAAUUUUCCGAAUAGUUAUAUUGUUUUCAAGUAAUCCACCUGAAGAAAUUAAAUACAGUAUUUUAUGUCAAGUGAACGGAAUUAUGCACUUAUCGAUAUAAGAGAGCAUUUCGAUAACAAUCAAAAAAUAAAAACUUGUGAACCAGGUAGUGAAUGACGAAUGUUUAAAUUUGCUAACCUCGCUUCGCGUGAACUAUUUACACUUGUCGGCGAGGACACCUUUACUUACUUACAAAAAUACAAUGAAAGUAUAAUAGCACUUUGCUAAGUACUAUUGGAUAAGACGCAAUAUUAUUAAAGCAUA